AUGAAUUGGUUCACAGCCGCACAGGUUCCUGUGCUGAUACUGGUGUUAUGGCUUUUCACAGCGUAUAUGACUAGAUCCUUCCCAGACCUAACCGGCAAACGCAUCUGCCUCCUCAUAGCCCACCCGGACGACGAAGCAAUGUUCUUCGCCCCUUCCCUCCGUGCCCUCACAGCCCCGGAUCUCGGAAACCAAGUCGUAAUCCUCUGCUUCUCCUCCGGCAACGCCGACGGCCUCGGCCACAUCCGCAAAGAAGAGCUCGCCAAAUCCGCGCUCCUGCUAGGUCUCCGCUCUUCUGAGCACGUUGUGGUUCUCGAGGAUAAGAAUUUCCCGGACUCGAUGAGCGCGGAGUGGGAUCCGAGGCUGGUGAGCCAGCAGUUGAUGAAGUUUUUUGGGCCUAGGGAGGGGGUGAAUGCGGGGAGGGAUGCGGCGGUGGCGACGGGGAUUGAUGUGUUGGUGACGUUUGAUGAGGGAGGGGUUAGUGGGCAUCCUAAUCACGUCUCCCUCUUCAAUGGGGCGACGACGUUCCUGAAGCAGUUGAUGCAAGGACGCGCGGGGUGGGAGUGUCCAGUGAAACUCUACACCUUGACGUCAACGAACAUUGUACGGAAGUACAGCAGCGUGCUGGACUCGGUGGUGACGGUGCUGGGGUGCUUUUUGACGAAGAAGGAGGCGGGGAGUUAUCCUACGCCGUUGGUGAGUGUGAGUACGCCUGGGGAUGUGAGGAAGGCGCAGUUGGCGAUGACGACGGCGCAUAAGAGUCAGAUGAGGUGGUUCAGGUGGGGGUGGAUUGGGGUUAGUCGGUAUAUGGUUAUCAAUGACCUGCAGAAGCGGAAAGGGUUCUGA